UAAUGACGGAGGACAGAUCAAUGUAUCAGUUACGCUAUAUACCCAGAUAUAUAAGUAAGUGUGCGAACAUCUAAGGGAUCAGACCAUACGAGCCAGCGUGACAACUGUUGGAAUUACACAACUACAGUAUCAAGGAAAGAUGCCUAACCUGAAGUAUGCAAUCGUUUGGUUGGUCUUUAUACUGGCGCAUAUGGAUCUGGAACUCAUCCAGUGUUCUUCCAUUCAAUUUGAAGUAUUAAGGUGUCCAUUAGCACGUCCUCGUGGCAAAUGUCCAGAAAAAACGGAUUAUUCUUGCAAGGAGGAUAAGGAUUGCGAAGCACAUUUUCCCGGUAAGGGAUUGAAAUGCUGUAUGGAUUGUAUUGGCGGAAAUAGAGGUUGUGUGACUCCUGUACGURUUGYUUCGGGYGUAGAAGUAAUCCCGUUAARAGUAUUAAACCAAAUGAAGCUUCUCAACAAACUAGUUGCAGAGUGCCCCACCAGCCCUCCCUCGUGGCMGAAUCCUUCGGGACCAGACCAAGAAUGCCAAGASGAUGCCAGUUGUGAUGCGAAAUUCCCUGGACAAGGCCUGAAAUGCUGUAGUGAUUUUAGGUGCAUUCCUCCUGUCAUCAAGCGUGAGUUUSUUGAAGCACCAUCGUUUUGCCCCAUACCUUCUCCUUCAAGACCAGGAGAAUGCAGUACAUACUUUGAAGACAGAUGCCUCGAGCACCUUUACUUUUCAAUGCAUCCUGGAUCGAUUGAAUCGGUAAUGUGUUGCAUCACAAAGUGUGGCAACUGGGUGUGGAUGAUAGCCCCAUCUCUUGUAAAGGUGCCGCCCACUCUACCAUUUCCACGCAAUGGUACCUGCCCAAUCAUCUCUCCACCUAAAGAAUGUCAAGCAUCACCAAGUCUUUAUAAAACAUGUAAAGUAGACCAGGAUUGCUACAGAAAGUUGAACUAUUUCAUUGAACAAAAGAAUAUGAAUAGAUUAGUACUGAAAUGCUGUAAUGAUGGAUGUGGUCAUCGCAAAUGCAUCCCACCUAUAAUACAAUGAAUGUCUAUUAUUUUCAAAUCAUGAAUGUAGAAUGCUAGACCGACUACUAUUUCAAACUGGGGUUUUGAUAUCAAUACCGUAAAAAUGGAAAAACAACUCGAAAUGUUUGCUUGGAAUCAAUACUAAUUCUUCGUUUGCAACCACGUGGUUAUUGCUGGUGCCAGGAUAUUUUUCGAUUCCAAUCAAAAAACAAUCCUAAUGACCAUGCAGAGCCACCAAUAAUAUAACUUUGAGCUAAAAAUUGGAGCAUUAGAGCCUUUCUGAAACGAGCUAUGGUCGAAUGAAGUUUCCGAUUUUAUAGUGUAAAUAUAUGGCGAAAACUCGCUGGUGGACUAAUUUGGUCCACCAGCAAUGGAGGCCAAAUUUAGAAAAAUAUUUCACGCGCAGGCAACAAUAUCCAACUCACUUUAGACAUACAUAAAUCGAACUUAAGACAUUUAAAACAAUAAAAAUAUUUCAUUUAGCGA